GUCUUGCAAUUCAAAAUAUUAGAACUCACAGAAGCCCAGAAUGUCUCGUUCGUUCGUCUUUGGACAGCAGGCCGCUGCAGUCCCACCGUUUGACUUUGCCGUCCCCUCCGUUGAAGAGAACAACAAUACCAACACCCACAAUGCAGGGAGCAGAACAUCUUCCAAUUCCACUCCGCUGACCCCCGACCGCAAUACGGUUUCCAGCGUUACAGGCCGGCUGCAAGGUUUCAACAUGCAGAGUGGCAGUCCACGAACCCCGCGUGCAGCGAACAUCGGCUUAUCGCCUGGUCAGUUGACAUCCACGUUCGGGCAUCUCUUCAACGCCACGCCAGAGCCGGCUAGAGACACUUCCGAGAAUACCGAAAGCUACAACAGUGACGACGGCGGAAGUAACGACAGCAAUAGUGAAGGAGAAGGUGAAGAAGAAGAAGAAGAAGUGUACAGUCUCCGCGAUGAACAGCUGCCGCCAGCACGAGUCUACAACAACGAGCUGCAAACCGUCCUCGGGCAGGUGAAAGCUGGGUUGGCAGGAUUGCAUCAAGACAUGGAGGGUUCUUCUCUGUCGCAUGAAGACGAUAGCACGCUCUCUGCGCUGAAAGAGGAUGCGCUGCGACUCAGCAAGUUCGACUUUCCGGUGACUCGCACGGUGGGAUUUAUCGGCGACUCCGGAGCAGGGAAAAGCGCGGUGAUCAAUUCCGUGAUGGAUAUCAAAGGACUCGUUCAAUCGAGCAACCAAGGCAGCGCGUGUACCUCUGUCGUCACGGAACUGCGCCAUACAGACGACUCUCACCCGCCGUACACUGUCGAGGUCGACUAUAUGGACUCGGAUGCCAUCAAGGAGCUGCUGGAGGAGCUGGUCCAGAGCUUCAGGAUGUACCAUACCGACAAUGUCUUCCGGGAGGUGGAGAGCGUGCACGAACAGCAACGCGUGCGAGAACAGGCAACCCGCGCCUGGUCUACUUUGACGUCUUUAUUCCGUGGUCACGAUGAACUGACGCACGAGUUCCUCGCCGAGCAGGGGGAAGGCGCCUAUCGGAGGAUUCUCGAUCAGCUCUGUCGCUGGACGGAGGCUUCUUUUACUAGUCGGCCGGGCGGAGAGGCGUCGAGGUACUGUGUCGUCACAGGCAAUCUGGAAGCAUGUCGACGGCAGGUGGAAAUCCUCACUCGGGAUCCAGAGGAUGGGGUUGCCUGGUGGCCAUUCAUCAACAUCAUCAGGCUGUAUAUCCGCUCGCCUGUUCUCCGCAACGGACUGAUCCUUGCAGACCUGCCUGGCUUCCGUGAUCUCAAUUAUGCCCGGGUGCGAGCGACAGAACGGUAUCUUAAGCACACCUGCAACGAGGUGUUCAUCGUCACCCAGAUCGCCCGCUGUCUGACCGAUCCGAGUAUCCCCGAGAUCAAGAAGAGAUGCGACCCAGAUCAGCCGUUGCGGAUAGUGUGUACUCGCAGCGAGGAAGUCAAUGCCGAUGAAGCGCCUACCGACUAUCCCCAUCUGGCUGGCCAGAUCCGACGGUUGCACUCGACAGUCGAGGAUCUGGAAAGACGGAUCCGUCGACUCAGACAGCGUCGUCGACAGGGAAGAGCGAGGAACGGAGAGGAUGGAGAACGGCUAAGAGACGAACUGGAGACGGCGAAAUUCAACCUUGAAUCGUUCCUGAUCCAGACCCGGAACCAGAAAAUCACCAGCCAGCUCACGGCCGGCAACGAGAUCCGCGUCUUCUGCGUGAGCAACACGAUGUACCGCGAUCGCCGCAACGAGGAGCCUCCCAUGGCCGAGAAAUACAUUGGUCUGAGCGGCAUCCGCGAGCUGCGUCGGUACUGCCAGCUGGUGCCUGCCGAUGCGCAGUUCCGCGCCGUGGAAGCCUUCCUGAAGGGCCCUGCGCCGGCGUUUGUCCGUUCAGUGCAGCAGUGGACACUGACUGACGCAGACAGCAUCACCGUCGAGCGGGCAAACUCCCUUCGACGCGUGCUGGGGGAGGUUGAAACUGUUUUGUGUGGUCGCCUUGCCUCCGACUCAGACCUUCGCACACUCCCACGACGACUCACUCGUCAAUUCAACGCUGUUUUGACUGCGAACAACCGUCGAAACGCGUGGAAAGAAUCUGCUCUCGCCGCGAGCCGGGAAUGGGCAGGAUGGCACUGGUCCAGCUAUGCAGCCUUUUGUCGGAAUUACGGGACGUGGGACACCAAAGCUGUAGGGUCGAGAUGUUGGAACAACGAGGUGUUGGAGGGAAUACGGGGAGACCUUGAACAGCCGUGGAAUUCUACCCUCGACUGGGCGCUGCAGCAGAAAGAACACGUCGCUUCCAUUAUCGAAGAGAUAUUCCAGUCUGCCAGUGAGAUAUUAGCCGAUAACACCAACCUCGCCCCGAUCGCGCUGGAGAAUUUCAUCGACAAUAUGGACUUCUGGGAACAAUCUUUGACGGACAGCCUGGACCGGGGACUCGAAGAGCUUUUCCACGCAUCAACACGCAUCCAACGAGACACCCUCUGGGGCCAUGACAGUUCCUAUAUAGCUGGGUUGAUGCGCCCGGUAUAUAUCCAGUGCAGCCAGGAUUCAGGAACCGGCUCUUACGCCCGCAGAAAGGCGUAUAUGGACGCUCAUCUCCGCCACGGAAACAUCUUCCCCCAGCUACUGGGUAUAGUCGAAUCCAGCAAUCGCGAACUCUUCCGAGCGUAUCAGACUCAGCUCAAACGGGUGGUGGAGGCAGAACUGGGCAAUAUUCUGCGCGAUCUACGUGGGAUUGUGCCGGAAGAAGGGGAACUGUCUGAAGCCGCGAGAUUCCCGGAUCUGGCGAAGAAACUUGAGGAGCAGACGGACAGUGCACGGCAGACUUUAGAUAGAGCUGAGGCUAUCCUCAGUAGAUUGUGUCUUAGUGACUAGUGCGGUAGUAUGUUGUAUUCUAUAGAGCUAAAUAUAAAGCAGGCGAGGCUGAGCUAAAUGUGUCCUGC